GCGAAGAGGAGGUGUGGAGGUAUAAAAGCCUCAGUCCCCCGAUUUUGAAGUUCACAACGUCGGCAUUCAUACGCAGUCAUCAUGAAGCUCCUCCUCGUCCUCGUCUCUGCUGCUAUCUCGUCGCAUGUCGCGUUCGCGCAUGAGGGCGCCUCGCACGACCAGGUCCCCUUCGACUACAACCUCUUCCCUUACCAGAUGCCCGCGUACCGCGCGGCGAAUGGUGAAGUUACCGCCGACUCCAUCUUUUCCGGUAUCACUACCUUCGCCCGCCUACCUUGGGUGCAAUGCCUCGGGAAGGAUGCUCACGAGAAGUUCGACAUCGCCUUCUUGGGUGCGCCCUUUGACACCGGCACCUCAUACCGUCCGGGCGCGCGCUUUGGACCUUCGGGCAUUCGUGCGGGUUCGCGUCGCCUCAAUUUGUACGGAGGCUACAACGUCCCCAUGGAGGUCAACCCCUUCACGAGCCUGCGCAUGGUUGACUGCGGCGACAUCCCAGUGACGCCGUACGAUAACACAUACGCGAUCAAGCAGAUCGAAGAAGGCCACAAGGCCAUCCUCAAGCGCGAGGCCUUCUCUCCUCUGGGCAAUGACUCGGUGACGGGCAUGGCGCUCGAGCCCUUUUCCCGCGAUGGGAAAUCGCACCCUCGCAUCAUCACAUUGGGUGGCGACCACACCAUCGUCCUGCCGCUCCUGCGCUCGAUUAACUCCGUCUACGGCGCUAUCAGCGUCGUUCACUUCGACUCACAUCUUGGUGAUUGGAAGCCGCAGGUCUUCGGCGGUGCACCGUCCGAAGUAGCUGCUAUCAACCACGGCACAUAUUUCUGGCACGCCGCGCAGGAGGGUCUUAUCAAGAACGGCACGUCAAUUCACGGCGCCAUCCGCACGACCCUCUCCGGCCUCGAGGACUACGAAGUCGACGACGCUGUCGGCUUCCACCGCAUCGAGGCUCGCGAGAUCGAUACCCUCGGCAUCGACGGCAUCGUGAAGAAAAUCCGUGACACCGUCGGCGACAACCCCGUCUACCUGUCCAUCGACAUUGACUCCAUUGACCCGGCUUUCGCGCCUGGUACCGGCACGCCUGAGACUGGCGGCUGGUCGACGCGCGAGCUGCGCACUAUCAUCCGUGGUCUUGACGGUCUGAAGAUCGUCUCUGCCGAUGUCGUUGAGGUCGCGCCUGCGUACGACACGAAUGCCGAACUCACGACUAUGGCAGCGGCUGACGUUCUCUACGAGGUCGUCAGCGCGAUGGCCAAGACCCCGCUGGGUAAGUAAACGAUGUGGUGCUGAGACGUGAGAGCCAUCGAAUGUGUGUACAAUUUUAUCUUUUCUUUUCUGUGUAUGGUCCACAUGCGUAGUACGAGUACUGUAGUGUACUUCGAAUGCAAAUGUUCUCGUCUUGCCUGCCUUCUA